AUGGUCCAAUGUUUGUUUUCCCACCGUUGACGUGCAGUGUAUAUCAGAACCAUGUGAUGGAUAUAUAACACUGGUAACCGGCGCGCGUUCACUCUUAGUCCCUUAUACCAACAAGUCGAACUGAAUCGAGCAUAUUCAAGGGGCAAGUUAGAGAACAGUAAUGGAUAAAUCGACUGCUAGUAGUUCCGAAUAUAGUAGGAACGGUGCUUAUGAAACUGAGGAUGAGUAUAAACUUCUCGCUGAGAUCAGCAUCUCCUCCCUUACUGAGCUCGGAAAGGUGGAAUCAUCUAUCAUCGUUCCAAAGCAACGGGCAUACAUCAAUAGAUGGGUUAUAUCAUCAUCCCUCGCGGACACAUCCUGUGCUACCCUCGACGUUCGGGGCCUCUUAAAUUGGUUUAACAUAACCCUCAGAACAUCAUACACCCUGGAGAAUCCAUCCCUCCUCUUCCUUCUCGAAGAUUGCAUCGCAAACAAUCAUGACUUUGGCGGCGUUUAUAGCCAUCUCCGCCCGGUAUGGUACACCGACGACUGGCACACCGUCAAAGACAAACUAUUUUCCCGUGGAAAAGAAGAUAAGGAGGCGCGUCAAAGGGCAUUGGUGGGUAACCGGAUUGUCAGAACCAACGUCCCUGUUCGACGUAUCUGGGAUCUGUACAGUAAUCGUGUUGUGUCGUCGUGGGUCACGUACCGAUCCCCAUUACCGAUAUCACACGCGUGGAUGGAUGAGAAAGAUCGCGUCGAGGUUUGGACCCCCAUCAACGGAUACGAAUGGCCCGUACCCAUCCCGAAAGAUGCGAACCUGGACCUCAUACGUAUCGAGAUGCUGAAUUUGGGCGCAGAAUACGUGUGGCUAGACGUACUCUGCCUGAGACAGAAAGGCGGACCAAGGAAGCAUCUCCGUGCAGAAGAGUGGAAGUUGGAUGUUCCCACCAUUGGAAAUGUGUAUCACGACAAUACGGUGGUAUGCUACUUGAAUGGACUUGGUCGACCGUUGAAUUUGACGGCGGGUUACUUGGAAAGUGAUAGGUGUUGGUUCAGACGUGCGUGGACGUUGCAGGAGAUCGGUGUGCGACGAAUUAUCGUUGGGGAUACUCCUGAUGGACCUCUGCAUACCGAGCUGAUAGAGGAAGGGAGUAGUCACCAGGAAGAGAUAUUGACUCGAUUCCACACGCAGCUCCGAUCCUUGGAGAACAUUGCGAUGCGUUCCUUUGCUAUCUUUGGUGUACUGGCAGACAUGUAACAUCGAAUUUCGACCAACUCGGUGGACAAAGUCGUAGGGUUGGCAUUUCUUCUGCGUUCACAUCAGAUACUUGCAUACUAUGAGAGCUAAUCUCUUGAGGAUGCUUGGACGGCGCUGGU